AUGGGCAUUGCUGCACUCAGUGAGGCCCGGUUCUCCAAUCAAGGCCAACUGGAGGAGGCGGACGCUGGCUGCAUCUUUUUCUGGAGCGGUCGCCCCGGAGUAGAGCGACUGGACGCGGGGGUCGCAUUUGCCAUCGGGAAUGACAUUGUUGGACGACUGUUCUGUCUGCCGCAGGGUAUUAGCGAUCGCCUGAUGAGCCUCCUUCUGUCUCUCCGGGAAGGCAAAUUUGCCACCAUCGCCUGCGUUUAUGUCGCCCCGAUGACCAGCUCUGACGCUGCAAGGACAAAUUCUACGAGGACCUGCACACCCUCCUGA